UGAUAUCGGCACCAUCUGGUAGUGAUAGGAAGAGUUACUCUAGCCUCGUGAAAGCUGUUUGAGCAUAUCUGUCUUGCUUACAGAUUGCUGCUGAUUCUCUGCUGACACCUUGCUUGAGAGAUUUGUCUAAUUGUGUAGGAUUAUAAUUAUUAUCUGUUUUUGAUUUAAAUAGAGCCGUGUGGACAUUUUUAUUUUAUAUAAUGGAGCCGUAUGACGUGAUUGUCAAUCAGCCGGUAGUUAUUGACAAUGGAUCUGGUGUAAUUAAGGCAGGAUUUGCAGGUGGUCAGAUACCAAAAUGCAGAUUUCCAAAUUAUAUUGGAAGACCAAAACAUGUACGUGUUAUGGCUGGUGCUUUGGAAGGUGAUCUAUUUGUGGGUCCAAUAGCAGAGGAACAUCGUGGCCUUCUGUCUAUCCGAUAUCCUAUGGAACAUGGCAUAGUAACAGAUUGGAAUGAUAUGGAACAUAUUUGGUCUUAUGUAUAUAGCAAAGAUCAAUUAGCUACGUUUAGUGAAGAGCAUCCGGUUUUACUUACAGAAGCACCUUUAAAUCCUAGAAAAAAUCGUGAAAAAGCAGCAGAAAUAUUUUUUGAAACUUUUAAUGUUCCAGCUCUGUUUGUUUCUAUGCAAGCUGUACUUAGUUUAUAUGCAACUGGUAGAACUACAGGAGUAGUUCUAGAUGCUGGUGAUGGUGUUACACAUGCUGUACCAAUUUAUGAAGGUUUUGCUAUGCCUCACAGUAUAAUGCGAGUUGAUAUAGCAGGACGCGAUGUUACAAGGCAUCUUAGGCUACUUUUACGGAAGGAAGGUAUUAACUUCAAGACUACAGCAGAAUUUGAAAUUGUAAGGAUGAUAAAAGAAAGAGCAUGUUAUCUUGCUAGUAAUCCUCAGAAGGAAGAAACAAUAGAAACUGAAAAGUUUCAAUAUAUAUUGCCUGAUGGCAGUCACUUAGAGAUUGGUCCAGCACGAUUUAGGGCACCUGAAGUGUUGUUUAGACCAGAUUUGAUAGGUGAAGAGUGUGAAGGUCUUCAUGAAGUAUUAACAUAUUCCAUUCAGAAGUCCGAUUUAGAUUUAAGAAAAGUUCUAUUUCAAAAUAUUGUUUUAUCGGGAGGAUCAACACUAUUUCGUGGAUUUGGUGAUAGAUUAUUGUCGGAAAUUCGUAGAAUGUCUCCAAAAGAUAUAAAAAUAAGGAUAUCCGCGCCUCAAGAACGGUUAUAUAGUACUUGGAUUGGUGGUUCCAUUUUGGCUUCUUUAGACACCUUUAAAAAAAUGUGGGUCAGUAAAAGAGAAUUUGAUGAGGAUGGUGUACGGGCUAUCCACCGUAAAACAUUUUGAAUUAAGAGCAGCUUUGAGAAAAUAAUGUUAUAUCAAAUAAUUUUAUUAUUACAAUAAGCAAAUGAUGGCACACUCGGCACUAUAACAAUAUGUAUCACAGCAAACAUAUUCAUAACUGUGUUGGAUGAUAACUUAUAGUUUAUAUUAUUACCUUAAAAGAUCAUUUAUGCAUUUCUAUUGAUAUUUAAGGAAUACUAUAUAACGCUAAAAUAGUUCGGACUUGCUAUCAUUAUUGCUUGUUAAUUAAUGUAACUUUGUUUUGAUAGAUGUAUACAAAACACUUUCGAUAGUUACUUAGAUGCAUUAAAUAUUGCUGGAGAUAUUACACAACAUAAUGAAAAAAAAAAUAGAAAGAGAAAGAAAUAGAUCAUAAUCCUUUAUAAAUGUAAAUAAUUUUUUCAAAACCAAAUGUACCAACAGACGUAAAAUAGUUGCAAAUUGUCAAUUUUUGAUAUUUAUUUUUGAUUAUUUAUAUAUUUAUACGUUAUGUCCAAACCUUUAUAGAUUUUAUAGUGGAGUUAACUAUCUUCAUAACUUCAUUCAAUGAAAAAAUGUUUACUUCAUCCACAUGAUAUAAAAGAGAUAUUCUGUAAUUCCCAUAUGUAGCAACAUUUUUGCAAAA